AUGGCUACAAGAGUUUAUAUUGGACGUUUGUCUUAUCGUGCUUCUGAGCGUGAUAUCGAGCACUUCUUUCGUGGAUACGGCCGUAUCCGCGAUAUAGUGCUGAAGAAUGGGUUCGGAUUUGUGGAAUUUGAUGAACCGCGUGAUGCGGAUGAUGCUGUUUAUGACUUGAAUGGAAAGGAGUUGGCUGGUGAACGCGUGAUGUUGGAGUUUUCGAAGCGUGGACCGAGGACCGGUGGACGCGGAUAUGACCGAUAUCCGCCACAGAGAAGAGAGGCUAGCUCACGCUAUGGUCCUCCUACGCAAACUCGGCACCGCAUGAUUGUUGAAAAUUUGUCAACGCGGAUCUCGUGGCAGGAUUUGAAAGAUCUAAUGCGCAAAGCAGGAUGUGAAGUCACUUUUGCCGACGCACACAAAAAUGAAAGGAACGAGGGAGUAGUCUGCUUUGCAACACGUGAGGAUUUGGAACGUGCUUUGGAUAAGCUACAAGGAGAGGAAAUUAAUGGGCGCAAAUUGAAGCUAAUUGAUGAUUCUGAGAAAAGAAGCCGCAGCCAUUCUCGUGACAGGAAGCGAUCGAGGAGCCGCAGUCGUAGCCGCUCACGAUCUCGUUCUGGGAGCAGAUCGCGUUCAAGGAGUGCCAGUAAGUCGCGUUCACGGUCUCGCUCUCACUCACGUUCGCGCUCACGCAGUGCGUCACCAAAGAAGGAGGAGAAUGGAAGCAGAUCGAAAUCUAGGUCCCGGUCAAGGAGCCAAUCUCGUGAUGGUUCCCCACGUCGCUCUGCCUCGCCCAUUGGAAACGGCAAUGGAGAAGCUGAAAUGCGAUCACGCAGCCCCACACCUCCUAAUGAUGACUGA